ACCCUUUACCACAAUAAUCGAUAUUCUUCACACUGCCAUUGCAUUUGCGAGCCGAAAGCAUUUUCAUUAUCACCUCAUUCGCUAUGAGUUACUGGGUGAAGAAUAACGACGGUUCGACAAUUGUGGAAAAACCACCACGCAUCGUGCCACUCUUCAAUCCCGCGCAGCGUGAAUUUCUCGAAGAUGAGCAUCGCCAUCGCGUCCAACUGCAGAAGCGUGCACAGGUGGGCAGCAAAUCCACCGAUUUCUAUAUACGCAAGCGAUCGACUAUGGAUGAUGCACGCCUGCUGGAUGAACACGAUUCCUUCUAUAAGACAACGAAAAGUUUACUCGUACUCUUUCAAAUAAUGGGUAUUAUGCCCAUCCAUCGCAAUCCGCCAGUCAGUAAUUUGCCACGCACCGGCUACUCGUGGGCCUCGCGUCAAGUGUUGUACGCCAUAUGCAUUUACUCGGUUGAGACAUUCAUUGUGGUGAUGGUGUUGCGUGCGCGCGUCAAAAAUUUCAUCGAACAACCUGAUAAGCACUUCGAUGAGGCCAUCUAUAAUAUUAUUUUCAUCAGCUUGUUGUUUACGCAUUUUCUGCUGCCGGUGGCGAGUUGGCGCCAUGGACCGCAGGUGGCUAUUUUCAAGAAUAUGUGGACAAAUUAUCAGUACAAGUUCUGGCGUGUCACUGGCUCACCGAUUGUCUUUCCCAACUUGUAUUGGCUCACUUGGGGACUGUGUAUAUUCUCGUGGGCGCUGAGCAUUGCCGUCAAUUUGUCGCAAUAUGUGUUGCAGCCGGAUUUUGAGUUUUGGUAUACCUUCGCCUACUAUCCGAUUAUUGCGAUGCUAAACUGCUUUUGCAGCUUAUGGUAUAUAAACUGCAAUGCAUUUGGCACUGUCAGUGAAGAUCUUGCUAAACACUUGGAAUUGACGCUGAAGAGCGCAAAACCCGCUGAAAAGUUGGCAGAUUAUCGAUAUCUCUGGUUAGAUCUGAGUCUUAUGAUGCAGCAGUUGGGUCGUGCCUACUCCAACAUGUAUGGCAUGUACUGUUUGGUCAUUUUCUUCACAACGCUCACCGCUGCUUAUGGUUCGAUAAGUGAAAUUAUGGAUCACGGUGCCACAUACAAGGAGAUUGGACUAUUCGUCAUAAUGUUCUAUUGCAUGAGUCUAUUGUAUAUUAUAUGCAAUGAGGCACACUACGCCUCACGUAAGGUGGGGCUGGAUUUCCAAACGAAACUACUGAAUGUUAAUUUGACAGUGCAGGAUUCGCCUACACAGAGAGAGGUGCAAAUGUUUCUGCUGGCCAUAGCAAAGACGCCACCCAUAAUGAAUUUGGAUGACUAUGCAAAUAUUAAUCGGGAACUUUUUUCGGCGAAUCUCACCUACAUGGCUACAUAUUUGGUUGUGCUUUUGCAAUUCAAAAUUACGGAACAACGUGGUGGGCGGCCGAGCGAAGCUUAGGCUGAUAAAUGCUCUCAGCCAAGCUAAGGCAAAGGACACAAUGUUGAAUGAGACGAGUAAGAUGAAAG